AUGUCACGACUUCCAACUCCAGCUAUGUCGGGCGGCUUCACCAUCAAAGAUAAACCCGAGGGGGAUUCCUUCACAUUACCCCCCGCUGCAUUGAGCACUGCCAGUCGGAGGUCCUCUCGAUCAGAUCCUUCAUAUGUCCCACCAUCACCGACCUCUCCAGAGCUCCCUGGUCGUACGGGUAAUACCGGACGGUCAGGUGCAUCGAUCAAACGCCCACUUGAGGAUUUUGAUUUGCCUCCGCCACCAACUAGAACUCGCAAGAUCAUCCAAAUGAAACCGAAAUCGCCCGCAAAAUCCCAAAAGACAAGGGAAAAUGGCAAAGCUUCACAGACUUCAGAAGACGCAUCCAACACCACAUCAACCUCCAAGAGAAAACAACCCAGUGCAACUAGCGCUGCAGGACGAAAGAUCGCCCGCAAGACAGCACACAGUUUAAUUGAGCGUCGACGACGGUCCAAAAUGAACGAGGAGUUCGGGACAUUGAAAGAUAUGAUCCCAGCAUGCACUGGACAGGAAAUGCAUAAACUCGCAAUUCUUCAGGCAAGCAUUGACUACGUCAAUUACCUAGAGAAAUGCAUCCGCGACAUGAAGACUGGAGGAUCAACACACACACCUGCUGCACCGCCCUCGCCCACAUCCGCCGAGUUCAUCACAGAAACAGGCGAGCCCUUGCGAAGAGACAGUUCUUCUACUUAUUCAUCAUACUCCACCUCUGCUUCACCGGAGUUACAAACUGCCCCCACUGAAUUCCCUGAUACAUCCCCGUCUUUCUCCCCGCGCACCCAAGUCCCCUCGGCACAGAUCCCACAGGAUGCUUCAUCUGUUCUUCCUAGUCCCGCACUGGGGCCGAUAUGGGCGUCCAGUGAAAAGAUGCAGGAAUUCCAGGGAGUUGAUCAUGAGGCUUCGGCUGCAUUGCUUAUGUUGACUCAAGAUCGGAGAGGGACUGCUGAUUCGAUCAGUGAGAAGUUCCUUGGGAGUACGGCGUUGUCGACGUCUUUGGAAGAGAAUUCAGCUGUGCCUCCUGAAUCUCAAAGGAGGAAGGGCAUGAGUGUCCGUGAUCUUUUGAUUUCAUAG